UGCCCUGCAUCGUGCCCGGCCCCGGCCCCGGCCCCGGCGAGUGCCGGCCAGUCCUGGGCGUGCUGCUCUGCUCUGCUCUGCUCUGCCGGCCCGGCCGCGCUGCAGCGUCCCCGCGGGGCUGCUCUCCGCUCCCUGCGCGUCUGCCGGCCGGGCCCCCGGGCCGUGGGCACUGCCCCGCGCCCCCCGGGGCACUCGCUAUAAGCUUCUGCCCCUCGCUCCUGCCCCUGUUUUCCCUCUUACGGGUGCCACGAGUAGGGUUGCCACCCCGCCAGAAUUGCCCUGGAGUCUCCAGGAAUUGGAGAUAAAUCUCCAGGAGGCUGCUGGGGGUCGCCUGGGAGAUGAAGCUGAAUGAAGAUGUGGAACAAGGGACAGAAAAUUCAGCAUCAUUGGAGACUAGGAAGGAAGAGGAGGAAAAUAUUGGCUCCAUUAUUUUACCAGAUGGUGAAUCGGGUACCAGUAGCCCUUCUGUGCCCUUCAUCAAGAGCUGCCUAAAGAAUGUAUUCGCAGUAAUUCUGCUCUUUAUCUAUCUUCUGCUUAUGGCUGUGGCUGUGUUCCUUGUCUACCAAACCAGUGUUGACUUCAGAGAAAAACUCAAGCACCCAGUGAUGUCUGUCUCGUACAAAGAGGUGUCUUUGUAUGAUGCGCCUGGUAUUGCAUUUUACCCAGGCAAGGCUCAGCUGCUUAGCUGCAAGCAUCAUUACUAUGAUCAGAUUCCGCCUCUGGUAAACCUAGGUCAGCCUGGAGAAAUUGAGUGCACCACUCAGAAAAUCAGCUAUGCAGAUCCUUUUACUAAUCAGACUAUGAAAUAUGCUUUGAUUGUCCAAGGCCCUCGUGAUGUGAGGAAAAGGGAACUGGUGUUCUUACAAUUCCAUUUAAAUGAAACGGACCAGGAUUUCAGUGCAAUCGACUACCUUCUCUUCUCUUCUUUCCAGGAGUUCCUCAGCAGUCCAGAAAAAGCAAACUUCAUGAAGGAUUGUGAAAGCUCCUACUCCAGUUGGAAGUUCUCUGGUGGUUUUCGAACAUGGGUUAAAAUGUCUUUGGUGAAAACAAAAGAAGAAGAUGGCAGUGAGACUGUUGAAUUCAAACAGGAGACUAGUGUGGUUAACUACAUUGAUAAAAGACCUAAGCCAGGAAGUGACCAGCUCUUUUUUGUGGUAUUUGAAUGGAAAGAUCCUCUUAUCCAGACUGUUCAAGAUAUUGUCACUGCCAAUCCCUGGAACAUGAUUGCUUUACUAUGUGGAAUUUUCUUGGCUCUGUUCAAAGCAGCAGAUUUUGCCAAACUGAGCAUUAAGUGGAUGAUCAAAAUCCGAAAGAGACACCUGAAGAGGCAAAGUCAAGCAAUGAAUCGCAUAACCUGAGGACUAAGAACACCUUUUAAAUUGUUUCUAAUACACUGGAUAGCAAAUAACUGGAGUAAAAUUCAGGAAGAAAUGAAAAUACAAACUAAUGGCAAUUAUGUGCAGUAUGGAAAAUAUUUGCCUUUGCUGGUGUAAUUGCAUAACAAACUGACACUUGAAUUCUAGGAAGAAGCUAACUGUAGAACAAGCCUAUUAAAAACAUGUUUUUUUUAAAAUAAGUUAUGAACUUUUUUACCAGAUUUUGUAUCAGAUUAUUGAGAAGUAGAAGGUAAUUUAAAAAUAUUUAGAAUUUGUCUAUUGGAGACUGACUUUAUAUCUGUGGUUCUUGGACACAAGUAGUAAUUUUAAUUUUUUUUCUGCUUGCGCUGGAAGGGCUGCACUUGCUACCACAAUGAUCCCCAAUUCAAAAUUAUUUCAAUGUAGCUUAGAUCAGGGGCAGGCAAUAUUUUGGGCAAGCAGGCCCCAUAGGCAGUUCUGGGGAGCUGCUGCAGGCCAGUCAGCAAUCUUUCCCCCCCCCCACCUACAACUGGAGCCCAGGGGCUGCAGGGCGCAUCCCUGCCACUGCCAACAGAGCAGUGCACAACCCCAGGCCCAACCCUGGCCCGCCCCAUGCCUGUUCCAAACCACCUACUUGCACUGAGCAGUGACAGGCAGAAGCUGCUGCUCUGCAUGGGGGAAAAGCAGCCACAACCCCUCACCGCAGCCAGGCCCUUCUUGCUGCAGCCACCUAGAGCCUGCAACCAGGCUGCCCUGCAGCUUGUCACUGCAUUGCCACCGCUGCUCCCCUGGUGGUGGUGGCGGAAGAGGAGCUGCAGCAAGAAGGGCCCAGCAGUGGCAAGAGGGAGGAGCUGCUUUUCCUUCAUGCCAAGCAGCAGCAACACUCCGUCAGUGCCACUGCUCAUCAUGGGCAGGCACAUCUAGAGCAGGUGCACAGGGCCAGGCUGGGGCUGUGCUUGCCUGCCUAACUGGGCUGAGUCUGGGGUGGGCUAUGCACAUGGGUCCCUGUCAGUACUACAGAGCUGGGGCCAGCAGCAACAGCAGCCAGGAGCCGCCACCACUGCCUGGGCUGCCUAGAAAGGCAGCUCAGUUGCAGAGCUGCCCCAGCUCCGCUGCAGGUCCAGGGGGUGGUGGGACAUACCACAGGCUGGAUGGCACCUGGGCCAGGCGGGACUGUGGGACCCUCUGUGGGCUGGAUAAAGGCCUUCAGUGGGCUAUAUUUUGCUUAGCCCUGGCUUAAAUUGUAUCUGGAAAAAUCAGAAUCCAAUUACCACAAACACAGGAGGCUGUGUCAUGAUCUUUCUACAAAGAAUUGGGUCUCAUUGCUUGAGUCUCCAAGUUACAGGAUAAAAUAAGAUGCACUGGAAAUUUUGUAAAUGAGUUAAGUUUGUGGUUAUGAUGCAUUAACUCUGUAUUAAAGACUUGAAAAAUUAAA